UCAAAAAGUGCAUAAAUUUAACCAUGCCGUCGAGUGAUAGUGAUGAUUUCGAGAGUGCGGACGAGGGUCAUGGUAGCGUGGAAAAGAAAGAGAGAAAGAAACGACUCUCAUCGUCGAAUUACAGUGACAAUACUGUAGAAUCUGACCAAGAACCGAAGAAACCAGCUGCCACGCUAGGGAAAAAGCAUGUAGAAACUAAAGAAGAAAAAGAAACAGAUGGAUGGGGAGACGGCUGGGAUGACAUAGAUCCUGAGCCAGAACCUAAAAAUGAUCCUAAAAGUACUGCACCUUCAACUAAAGUGGAUACCAAGACAGAUAGCGGCAAAUCACGAGACAAUGGCUGGGACGAUUUUGAUGACUGGGGGAUUGACGAGACAAAUAAAAAUGAACCUAAACCACAACCACAGCCUCCAAAACCUCAGCAAGCUUCAGCACCAAAAACACAGCCCGAAGCGGACAUUAAGGCAGUGACAGAUCGUCUGGCAGAAUCUGCCAAUAAGAGCAGUUGGGGCUGGGGGUGGGGUGUGGAUUCUUUGCUGAGCUCAGCUACUGCUGGUAUCUCUACCAUCACCAACCAGGUUUCUCAGGGCAUCUCAACAGUCCUGGAAACUGGCAUAGGCGCACCGGAUCCAGAGGAACUAGCCAGAAAGGCCAGGGAGAGUGGAGCCAGGACAGACGGACCUGAGGAAAGAAGGGAGAAGGCAGAGGAUGCUGGCGAUGCUUUCCAGCUGGGUAGUCUGCUGUCAGGGGUUACUAAGUUUGUGGAGACAACUGGUACAAAAGUAAUAUCCGGCAGCCUAGACACUCUAGAAACUAUAGGUAAAAAGACCAUGGAAGUGCUCCAAGAUGGUGACCCCGGGCUAGCCAAGAAACGGGCCAUGCUUGGUCUAGACCCUAGCGUCAAACCGGUUCUGUCUCAAGUGCUGAGGGAGGCUAAAGCGAGAGCUGACGAGGAGGACAGAGCGAGGGAGCGGAAGAGAGAGGCGAAGGAGGUGCACUAUGAGAACCUGUUUGAUGACUUUGAAGGUCUAGUUCACCUCGAAGCCCUGGAGAUGCUAUCCCGGCAAGUCAGCAUGAGAAUAGACGAGCGAAUACGCAGCGCUGACCCUGACAAGAGACAAGAUAUUAAGGAGACACUACAGCAGGUUGCUGAACUUUGUGAAAUGCCCGAAGAAGAAGAGGAAGACGAAGAUACUGACGAAGGUGCUUCGAAGGCAGACGCGUUCCACGAGAGGCUCCAAACAGCUACAAGGGACAUAGGCUUAAAACUACAGUUCCAGCCCUUGGUUAAACAAUACACAGAAGUGCUCGACUGGCUGUCAUCGGACGAAGCAGCAACAGAGAAGGCGGUAUACAAGCGCUGCGUCAGCGGGCUAGCUGCCGCCACCGCCGCCGCCGUCGAGGUAUAUCACAAGGCGGCUGAGAUGUUGCUGGUCAAGACCCGAAGGUCCACUGCAGACGAAGCAGAUGCAUUAACGCAAAUGACGGUGGUUCUAACCAAGCAUAUAAGUGAACUAGCAACGCUCUUCACCGAGAAGCUGAACUCCUUGGAUGCUGAGAACAAAGAACAAAUCAAUACGUACAUCACUAAUAUAUUUUUAGAGGCUGGCAACAGUUCGACAUACAUCCAAAAUGCAUUCCAGUUAGCGCUGCCAAUACUGCAAAUAGGUGCCGUAUAGAAAAAUCAAGGAAUUGCAAAUACUCAGGUUACUUAUGACCUAUGAUGUCACUUUCUGUAAGCACGAUCUAUUGAUGUGCCGUCGUAAUGUUUCCAAAAUUUCGGAUACUUCUCAUAUUUUUGUGUGGGAAUCGAAAUUUUUCAUUUACAGAAUGAAAUUCUCCUUUGUUUCCCGUAAUGUUUCCUGAAAUUUCCGAGAACUUUCCAAAUGUUUUGGAAACUUUCCGCAACUAGCACAUCUCUUAAUUGUAGUAGUUGUAGACCUACCUGUUACUAAAUUUGUAUGAGAGCGCCAUGUGGUGACCACGAAUCUUUUUAAAUGGUAGAGGUAUAACAGUUAGGUGUGGUCUAUAGGGCCCGGAAUUUUGCGUGCGACUACUGACAUAUUUAAGGGAAAGAGCACUGCUUUAUAUCGAUAUUAUCAGUCUUACUUUAUCGAUGCGGUUAAUUUAUCUAAAUAAAAUAACACUUGUGACCAAAUACCUACUUAGUUUGUCAACUCGUUAUAAAAUGUAGUUUUUCGUAAUUAUACUCAUUUCAAGAAAGCAAAUGAAACGGGUUAAACUUUCCGAUAUUUCUAACUUUUUUCAUCAUCGACCAUUAAUAAGAGUACUUACAUUAUCAUCAGAAAGUUCGUGGUUUUAUUUAAUAAAGACACAAAUAAGAAAAAUCUCGAUUUAUCGAUAACAUCGAU